AUGAAAAAUUAUACAGCAAUAACAACAUUCAUUCUGGUGGGACUAACAGAUGACCCAAAUCUACAGAUUCUGCUUUUUAUCUUCCUGUUUCUAACCUAUUCAUUGAGCGUUGUUGGAAAUCUGACCAUUAUCACUCUCACCUUGGUAGAUUCCCACCUUAAAACACCUAUGUACUUUUUCCUCCGAAAUUUCUCCAUUUUGGAAGUCUCAUUUACAACUGUUUGCAUUCCCAGAUUUCUCUACACAAUGGCAUCUGGGGACAAUACUGUUACCUAUAAUGCAUGUGCCACUCAAUUAUUUUUUGUUGUCAUCCUGGGUGUGACUGAGUUUUUUCUCCUGACAGCCAUGUCCUAUGACCGUUAUGUGGCUAUCUGCAAGCCCCUGCAUUACAUGACCAUCAUGAACAACAGAGUCUGCAUCAAGUUCCUUAUUGGCUGCUACAUGAUUGCUCUAGUCAUCAUCGUCCCACCAUUUGGCAUGGGUUUUGAGCUUGAAUUUUGUGAUUCCAAUGUCAUAGAUCACUUUGGCUGUGAUGCUGCCCCCAUUCUGAAGAUUACCUGUUCCGACACUGAGCUUAUAGAACGGUUUGUCUUAAUCUUGGCUGUGUUGACACUCCUUUUCACCUUAGUGUGUGUGAUUUUGUCCUACACAUAUAUUAUCAGAACCAUUCUUAGAUUCCCUUCUGCCCAACAAAGGAAAAAGGCUUUUUCUACUUGUUCUUCCCACAUAAUUGUGGUUUCUAUCACUUAUGGAAGCUGCAUCUUCAUUUAUGUUAAGCCGUCUGCAAAAGAAGGGGUAGCUGUUAAUAAGGUGGUGUCAGUGCUCACUACCUCCGUUGCUCCUGUUAUGAAUCCCUUCAUUUACACUCUGAGAAAUAAGCAAGUGAUACAAGCUUUCAAAGACAUGAUCAAAAGGAUUGCGUCUAUGUCAAAGAACUAA